AUGGAGGCCAAGGCUGCUACCACAACAGAGUUUGCGCUGGCCGAUACAGAUAUCAACUGGGACAGGUUGGAUAAGACCAAAUUUCACGUCAUCGGUGCUGUUCUCUUUACUGCUCAAUCAGCCUUGCUUCAUCCAACAGCGGUGGUAAAGACAAGAAUGCAAGUAGCUGGAUCUGGACUCUCUCAGAUGAGUGGAACAUCAGUAUUUACUCACAUAUUAAAAAAUGAUGGUAUUCCUGGACUCUUUAGAGGUUUUGGUACUUCUGCUAUUGGAUCAAUGCCCGGUAGGGUCUUAGCUCUAACAUCACUUGAGAUGUCAAAAGACUACAUGUUAAAAUAUACUGAAGGUUUUGAUAUGCCGGAAGCAUCACGUAUUGGCCUUGCAAAUGGAGUGGCAGGCAUGUUCUCAAAUUUGGUAUCUUGCGUAUACUUUGUGCCUUUGGAUGUGAUCUGUCAGAGAUUAAUGGCACAAGGUAUUCCUGGGACUACAUACUGCGGCAGGCCAUUUGAUGUUGUUCGUAACGUUAUGAAGGCUGAGGGUUUUCGUGGCCUUUAUAGAGGCUUUGGAUUAACAGCUGUAACACAAUCACCAGCAUCUGCACUUUGGUGGGGUUCUUAUGGUGCAGCACAACACAUCAUUUGGAGGAGUUUAGGCUAUAGAGAUGGCAGAGAGAAAAAACCUUCACACACAGAAAUGGUGAUUGUCCAGGCUACAGCAGGGAUGGCGGCCGGCGCUUGUUCCUCUGUUAUAACUACCCCCAUAGACACUCUGAAAACACGGCUUCAGGUUAUGGACGACUAUGGUGGUGGAAGACCAUCAGUGUUGAAGACAACAAAGACGCUUCUCAAGGAAGAUGGAUGGUGGGGGUUUUACAGGGGAUUUGGACCUCGGUUUUUGAAUAUGUCACUCUAUGGAACUACCAUGAUUGUUACUUAUGAACUGAUAAAAAGAUUAUCUAUACAACCGAGUCUGAGAUCAUUUGGUUGAAGAAGCUGGAUGUAAAGUAAUGUAAGGCACAAAACCCAGAUUACAUUCCACUUCCCACUUCGCUUGACAAGAAUGAUGCAACCUUAUAAGCACUGCACAAUGCAGCAUGGCAGUAGCUGAUGAAGUAAACCACGUCUGAGUUAUUCUCGAUGCUCUUGUUCUGGUUCUUACAUGAUUUUGGCACCUUUUGUUUCUUAAAAGAUGUAAAUUCGCGGGAAUUCUUGCUUCUUGUUUUUUA